CGGAGGGUGAAAUCAAAUCAAAUUUUAAAUUGUCUUGAUUUGACCGUUUCUGGAAAAAUUUACAAAUUGUUGGGUUGGCGCGCCAAUCGUUUUAAGACAGUUUGACCUUCAAGUGCUCAGCAAUCUCCACCAAUGAAUGAUUCCACCGAGUCGUUGCCUAGUUUUCUUGAUCAGUUGACCAUCUGAUCCUAGUCUUGAACUCAAGAUUCCAUAAAUCUGACGCUUGUGUUAUUACUGAUUAUUUUAUGUUGAUUUGCUUAAUAAAUGUAAGUGCAUUAUGUGAAUUUUCUAGGUCGUCGACUCACCUUAUGUUCUCUGUUUCAGCCCUCCCCAUUUAGUCUUCAUGCUACCCUAGUACAUGAAGUACCUUCUGGCUAGACGACAACCGCUACAAUCUUAACCUUAUGGCUUUAUCGUUUGACGACAAACUUCUUGGCGAAAAGGUCCAUAAUUACUGUAGCAGCAGUGAAGGCGAAGAGGACAGUGGCGAGAGUGGGAAGGAAAGUAACCCUUCUACUGUUGUUCCGAAAAGUUUAAACCCCCAAAAUAUAUCCUAUCUUGGCUCUCCACAGACUGGACCAAAGGGUGUAGUUGCUGAUUAUAAACGUUUUAAAAGACUGGAAAGUGAACGGAACGCUGAGAAAGAACGAAAACUUGUCGAAUAUACCAAACAGCAUUCCGUUAGUUGCAGACCUUAUAGUAAAGAUGAAAAGGAAGAUGAACAUACCCAUUCGACCUUAAACGCUUCAGAUGAUAGCGACGAUGACUUUUUGACUCAAUAUCGACAGAACAGAAUAAAUGAACUAAGAAAAGCCAACGAAAGUUUACCCACUUUCAACAAGAUCUACGAUCUGGUAGCGGAUACAUUUAUUGAGGAGAUAGAUAACACAAACAAGAACACGACUGUUAUUGUUUUUAUAUAUGAAAAUGGCAAUAAAUCAUGUGCAAAAGUCAACACUUGUCUCGAAAAAAUAUAUCACGGUUAUCCUCAUGUGAAGUUUUGUAGAAUCCGAGCUUCUGAGGCUCAUCUCAGUUACCGAUUCUCUCACCGUGGUGUUCCUGCUAUUGUGGUCUACAAAAAUGGAGAGCUGAUAGGGAAUCUACUUUCCAUUACUAAGGAUCUUGAUCUGGAGUUCUAUCCAAACGAUCUGGAGAAUUACUUAGUUGAGUAUGGAUUUCUGCCUGAUAAAACGGUUGUUCAGUCUACUUCAGUGAUAAAUUCGUGUUCUCAUCUUUGUAAAAAAAAUUAAAUCCUUUAUUUUGUGUGCAUUGAAUAUAAAUUCAAAAGUAUUUUGACUCAAUUAUAUACAUCUUCCCUUCUAAGUACAUAAUUGUUCCUUUUAUGUGACCCUACGCAAUUAAUGUUUUUAUGUUACUUAAAAAUAUUAAACCUUGUAAUGAUUGUUAUAUCUUAAAAUCGGUAGUUUUCUUAAGAACUGUUUCUUUUUAACAUAUUAGAAUAUGUUGCUUAUGAGAGUAGAAAUAUUAAGAUGUGAGAGUUUUCAUUUUAUCUUUGAUUAAUUUCACUGAAUUAACGCUAUUAAAUUCACUUCUGUUUCACUAGUAUUGAUCAUCUUGAAUUUGGAGUUGGAUUCAUAUAUAUGACGCAUAAAAAGGAUAAUGAAACUCCAUUUAUGUAUAAAAACAACGAUAUUGUACCAGAUGCAUAAAGAUCCACGGGGAUCAAUCUUGAUAUAUCAAAAUAAUGUCAUGGCAUUAGUUUUUACAUCAUAUUGCAUUUUCAUUACAUUAAUCGUAUAUACUUAUUUCAUGUCAGCCACCUAAAAUGUUGAUUAGACCACUUACCAAUAAUAACCGACUGGUCUGAAUACGUCUAC